AUGCAAGUGAUGAUUACUAAACUGUUUCUUAUUUGGUUAAUUUCACAUGUAUCUCUUGUUGAUAGUUCCCAUUUUUACGGAGGAACGAUUACAUGGCGUCCUACUAAUAAUACUCUGCAGGGUUCUACAACACUGAUUACAGUCGUUGAACGAUUUACAUGGCGUCAUAGUAGUUUCUCAUGUAAUGAUAGUACCAUUGCUGCACAAACUCCGAAAAUCGGCGAUGCGAGCUCAUUAAGCUGCGUGUCGGGAAAUUGUAACUUCUGGAGUCCCAUGAGCGCACAAACAUUCUGCACUGAUUAUAAUGUCGAGCUUGGCACUUCUUCUGGUGAAUAUUACCAGACAUACAGUUUACCCAUCAAUAUCUCGUUCAGUAUUGGCUAUUUGUCAUGCUGUUGGUUUAGCAAUCUUGUUGUAGGAUCUGGUGGUAACUGGGCUAUUGUUAAUCGAAUCAGUACUGCUGUUAGACCGGAUGGUUAUAUUAAUACCAGUCCUGUUGCCAUUUCUCUUCCUAUUAUUUAUAAGGAGAUUGGUAUACAACACACUCAUGCUAUUCAAAUGUUAGACUUUGAUGUUAGCGAUAUAUUACGAUGUCGAUGGUCUACAAACUUGGCGACCAAUAUUAAUCAAUAUGAUGAAUGCAGUGGUAUGUGUAAUGGUGUACCUAAUGCUACUCUUGUUCAAAACAACUGUACACUCAUAUUUACAUUAACAACAGCGAAUCAAUAUGCCGGGGUGUCAUUGCAAAUUGAAGAUUUUUAUAAUUCUGCAUCAGUAGCAGCAAAUAACCCAAUGAGUUCGGUUCCUAUUCAAUUUCUUUUCUAUGGUUACGCAGCACCUAGCAACUGUUCCACUCCUCCUUUCAUUUAUAUUGAUAAUCGACCAAACGCAACGUGCGUUGGUGUUAUACCUGGUGACAAUAUCAGUGAAACUAUUAUUGUGCAAGUCAACUGUCCUGGAAAGAGUAUUGUUGAUUUUAUGACUAGUGUUCCAGUAGGUAUGACAAAAAGUCCGAUUCAAAAUCCUAGUACCGGUUCGUAUAUACAUUUUGACAUUUCGAUCAGUAUCGACGAUGCUUUAUAUCAAGGUGUCUACGCUAUCACUCUUCAAUGGAUUCCAAGUGUCAGUCAAUUUGGUUCACAAGGCGUUUGUUUGAGUGCGAUUGAUAACACACAAGUGCAGUCCAAUCAGCUGUGUGUUACGUAUAUAGUUGAUUUUCAAAGACCUGAUCGCAGUCGACCAACCCUGAUGCAGAAUUCUACGUGGCCUGUUGGAAACAUUUCUGGAAAUCAAACUGUCUUUUCCAUUCAGUCAUCAGUUUCUGUCACUCGGCCCGCACGUCUUGGUGCUUAUAUUUACUUUUGGGACGCUACACUUGGUGACCUUCUCGUUAAAAAAUAUGAUUGUAGCUGGGAGCCAGAAGUUAUAUUUACGAAUUUCACCAUUCGAAUUUAUUUUCCUGUUGCUCCCUGGGUUGAGGGGCAUUCUUACUAUGUUACAUUUGAUACUGGUGUAGCGAGCACGUCUGCAGCGUGUGGACUCGAGUCGACAUCGAUCAACGAUAAGAAUUUCUGGGUAUUUAACAUUUUGAAUUCAACAUCAACAAUAACAACUUCGCUGACAGUAUCAGCUUCUAUAACAUCAAGCACACCGAUCGUGUCUCCUCAAUGCUAUAACUAUACUCUGAUCAAUGAUCCUACAAGAAGUAUCUACGUGGCUUCGAAUGGAUCUUCCGGCUGUGACACAAGCAUUUUCAGUUCUAUUCCAGCGUGGGCGCGUUUUGUUGGUUCAGGUGGCUCAAAACUUCCCACGAGCGCAGUUGCGUACUAUCGAUGUAACACUGAUGCGCCUGGAUGGUAUGCUGGAAAUAUGCCGAUUGGUGUAGAUACAACCACAAGUGGACCAGUAUGUUUUGCAUGGGGUGGUAGCAAUUGUUCUUGGAGCACUACUAUCUCCGUGACUAACUGUGGAUCGUACUAUGUAUAUGAGUUGGUUGAACCUCCGGCUUGUAGUUUACGUUACUGUACUGAUGAACCAACUAAUUGGACAGCACCUACAACUGCGGCUCCCAUGUCAAAUACAGCGAUAGUGUCUCCUCAAUGUUAUAACUAUACUUUGAUCAAUGAUCCUACAAGAAGUAUCAACGUGACUUCGAAUGGAUCUUCCGGCUGUGACACAAGUAUUUUCAGUUCUACUCCAGCGUGGGUGCGUUUUGUUGGUUCAGGUGGCUCAAAACUUCCCACCAGCGCAGUUGCGUACUAUCGAUGUAACACUGAUGCGCCUGGUUGGUAUUCUGGAAAUAUGCCGAUUGGUGUAGAUACAACCACAAGUGGACCUGUAUGUUUUGCAUAUAGUGGUAGCAAUUGUUCUUGGAACACUGCUAUCUCCGUGACUAACUGUGGAUCGUACUAUGUAUAUGAGUUGGUUGCACCUCCCACUUGUAGUUUACGUUACUGUACUGAUGAACCAACUAAUUGGACAGCACCUACAACUCCAGCUCCCAUGUCAAAUACAGCGAUAGUGUCUCCUCAAUGUUAUAACUAUACUCUGAUCAAUGAUCCUACAAGAAGUAUCUACGUGGCUUCGAAUGGAUCUUCCGGCUGUGAUACAAGCAUUUUCAGUUCUUCUCCUGUGUGGGUGCGUUUUGUUGGUUCAGGUGGCUCAAAAAUUCCCACUAGCGCAGUUGCAGACUAUCGAUGUAACACUGAUGCACCUGGUUGGUAUUCUGGAAAUAUGCCGAUUGCUGUGAAUGCAACCACAGGUGGACCUGUAUGUUUUGCAUAUAGUGGUAGCAAUUGCUCUUGGAGCACUACUAUCUCCGUGACUAACUGUGGAUCGUACUAUGUAUAUGAGUUGGUUGCACCUCCAGUCUGUAGUUUACGUUACUGUACUGAUGAACCAGUUACAAUAACAAGCAUACGAACGACAGUUGCUGCAUCCACGUCACAAGUACACACGACAGUUGCUCCAUCCACUCUAACAACUCCACGAGGUUGUUCUUCGCCGAGUAUAACACUCAUUCCUGGUGCGUCAACACCAUCAUCGCCAAUUCAAUUUCGUCGUAGUCAAGAUUUUUCGAUAGUUUCGCUCAUACAACUGAAUUGUAACAUUUCGUUAUCGAUGAUCACACAAUGGACAAUUAAAAAUUGUAGUUCGUCUUGUUUACAACAAGUUCCUCCAAACUCUCAGAUACCAACCACGUUCACUGAACUAUAUGUUCCUGCACGAAUUUUACCUUACGGCUUAUAUGAAUUUACUUUUACGGUAAAAAUGACGCAAAUACCAAGCUUAUCUUCUUCCAAAAUGGCUUAUAUUCAAAUAACUCAAUCAGGUAUAACAGCAAAUUUAGUUCCGUAUGGAACAUCCAUAAUUACACGUGGCAAUCUACAAGAUCUUCAACUAGAUCCUGGAAGUUAUUCUGUUGAUCCAGAUGGUUAUACAUUCAAUGCCUCAAGCUGGAAAUACAAAUACUAUUGUCGAAUUUAUGGUUCAUCAAUGUUUCCAAACUUGCAGGGAUCGUUGUUAACUAUUGACGACAUGAGAAAUGAUUCAUUGAAUCCAUCUUGUUUGUCCAAUAGAAAAGGAUGGAGUUUUGAUAACUCUUUCAAUUCAUCAAUAACAAUACUUGCUAAUUCUCUUCGAUCCAAUCGAACAUAUCAGUUUAUGGUUCAGAUGGAAAAUCGUCGUAAUUCUUCUCUUCAAGCUACUGGUUAUGUUCUUGUCAAAGUAGAAGACACUCGACCACAGAUGGUUUUGAUUGGUUGUGUCAUAUGGACAAUGUGUCAACCAAACUUAGAAUUUCAAUUGGUCAAUCCAACAACACAAGUUGCGCUGUUUUCCACUUGUUUUCGAAAUUGUUCAACAAUCCAAAACAUAACAUGGAAUGUGUACUACGGUGCAGUGAACUCAUCGGCGAAUUUCACUAAAUGGACGCUGUAUAAUCAAACAACUUUCUAUGAGAAUGUCUGGUUUUUCGGAGUUAAUACGAGUAAUUUCACUGCCACAAAUCAAUUAUUCUUGUCUAAUCCACAAAUAAAACUUUGGCAAUUUGAAGCUGUGUAUCGAUUCAAGUCAGAAACUAGUUCAAGUUCACUUAAUUUUGUUAUCAAUCAACCACCCCAGAAUGGUUCAUGCUUGAUUAAUCCUCUAAAUGGGACGACGAGUACUUCGUUCACCAUUUCGUGUCCAAACUGGUCUGAUGAAGAUUCAAUAAAAGAUUACACUCUCUAUGCCUGGACAAAUGAUUUAACGAAGAAAAUAAUCGUUGCCUUUUCAACAGCAUCAAUAUUUCAAGUACGGUUACCAGUCGGCGAUAAUCAAACGUCAUUGCUUCACUUGUUGAUUCACGUUCGAGAUGAAGCGAAUUGCAUCGCUGAAACGAAUGUGUCAUCAGUUACUGUACUCUCGGAUACUACAGCGAUCACCAACUUAAUACUGGAUAUUCAAAAUUCAACGUCAGGAGGUACGACCAAUCCAAUAAUUCAAUUGCUUGCGAGUGGAAAUCAAAAUCUUGUUGGUCAAUUGAUGACUUCAGUGUCACAACAAUUCAAUCAAAUGAGUGAUAACGAUCUUGACCAAGCCAUUUCGAAUGGUGUUCCAGCUGCGAAUAUUCUCAUCUCAUCUUUGAAUACUCUGAGUAAGCAACAGACAGCGUAUGCACCAUUUAAUCAAAUAGUAUUGGAGCAGUUGAACAUACAAUUGAACUCCCGGGCAUCAGUUCGAGAGUAUUUAAUGGAAUUCCUUGCCAAUUUAUCUAUCACAACAUCAAACAGUAUCAAACUACAAGCGUCAGUAUUAGCUCAAUUCACAAAAUCAACCAAUGAACUGACGAGAACAACUUUGGCGAGUGCAUCAAGUCGAUGUUAUCAGUUAGCAUUGACUUUGAAUUCAAUGCAAACAAGUAUUGCAUAUGAAGAUGUCCAAUUUGUAUCAACCAAUCUGUUUCAAUGUGCUUCGAAUCUUAUCAGCGCAGUCAAUGGUGCAUUGCAAGAACGUACAUCAAUUCUCGAUUUAGACUCUUCUCUAGCUACCAAAUUUCCUGAUGAUUAUGACACAGAUGUUGAACUAGCCUGGGCCAAUCCGAAUUUAUUUGCUGAUGGCGAUGAUUUCUCAUUGGAAACGAUACAAAAGAAUCGCAACAUCUACUAUCAGCAGCAAUUAGCUGGACAAAUCAGCACUCAAAUGACUGAGUUGACCUCGUUGUUGACUUCAACGUUGAAUAUCAAUCUCAAUAUUGGACAAAACUUCACUCUUAAAACAUCGCAGGUGAUCAUGACACUAGAGACCAAAUCCUCUCAAUCGCUUGCAAAUCAAUUCACAAAAGUUAUUGGAAAUGGUCAAGUGCAGCUGCCCAACAAUUUCACUUCUUAUCUAGGCACGAACGAGAAGAUCUCCAUUCGAUCAAUGAUGGAACCAUUGGCAUCCUUUGGAAACUCCAAAUCAACAUCCAACACCAAUCUCUCCCGAUCACUCUCAUUCUCCAUUCUUGAUCAAGAUCAAAAAGAAGUUUCAAUUCAAACAGCAAACAAUCAGUCAAUCGAAGUUAUCAUUCCGCGUGAUCCCAAUCUCAUCAUUCCACCAAUGAUCCAUCAAAAUGUCACAUCACUCAAUUCUACUUCUCCUCAUCAACUGCUCUUCCAUCUGAAUUAUUUGAGCUUACCAUCAUCACUACCAGUCUCAGUUCAUUGGGAAAUCGAACCAUCGAGCACAAAUCUCGCUUACUUGUUUGUCUAUCGUUUCGAUCAAACACCACAACUCAACACUUCAAUCAAUCGCAUCGAUGGAUGGACACUUUUUUGUCCUUCCAAUCUCACAAAUAACAGUGUGUACACUUAUUAUGUCGAUAAUCAACAAACAACUGGUCAUCAGUCGAUCAUCUUUGGUUUGAGAGAACUCAAUGCAAUUGAAAUCACUCAACAUUGUUCAAACAUAUCACUUUCUGUUCCUCCCAUCACAGAUCAACCGUUCAACUUCACUGCAGACUAUGCACUCAGAGUCUACACAUCUGGUUGUUAUUAUCUCGAUGCAAAUCAACAAUGGAAGUCAGAUGGGCUCGUCGUUGGACCAUUGACUGAUCACAGUCAAACCCAAUGUUAUUCCACCCAUCUGACAUCAUUUGCAGGUGGACUUGUUAUCUUACCUAAAACAGUCAACUGGAGCUAUGUGUUUGCCAAUGCUGAUUUCAUGAAAAACAAAACCAUCUAUUUGACAGUGAUUGUUGUUUGUGUGAUCUAUGUACUUCUGACUAUUUAUGCACGGUACUACGACAAGAAAGACGUGGAGAAACUAGGUGUUACAAUCUUGCCUGAUAAUAACAAGAACGACAACUAUUUCUAUCAGAUAAUUGUGUUCACUGGCCAACGACGAGAUGCUGGAACGAAAUCGAAUGUUCAUUUCGUGAUUCAUGGUGAUGAGAAUGACACUCGCAUUCGAACAUUGGCAGAUCCUCAUCGUCACAUUCUCCAGCGAGGUGGAGUUGAUGCAUUCCUCAUGAGUGUUCCCAAGUCAUUAGGAUUACUGAAUUGCAUCCGCAUUUGGCAUGACAACAGUGGAAAAAGUUCAUCUUCGUCGUGGUUCCUGAAAUAUAUCAUCAUUCGUGAUCUUCAAACAAUGCAAAAGUUUCAUUUCAUCAGUCAACGAUGGCUUGCAGUUGAGAAAGAUGAUGGGAAGAUCGAACGUGUUCUGCAUGUUGCAAGUGACCUGGAAAAGAGUCAGUUCUCAUUCGUUUUGGCAAAACGAACUUAUCACAGCGUGUCUGAUGGUCAUCUUUGGCUUUCGAUCUUUUCUCGUCCACCAUCCACUCAAUUCACUCGUGUUCAACGAUGCACAUGUUGUUUUGUUCUGUUGUUUGUUUCGAUGUUUCUCAAUAUCAUGUACUAUGACUUGGUAAAUGAAGCCAAAUCAACCGGCAGAACUAGUCUAUCAUUUGGUUCGCUUUAUAUAACACCACAACAAAUCAUUAUUGGCAUGAUUGUUGAACUCUUUGGAUUGAUUCCAAGUUUGUUACUUGUCCAACUAUUCCGACGUGCUCGUCCCCGUCAACAGCAACAAUCUCCAUUACGUCAAGCUCUAUCUAAAGUCAAUGAAAACAUUGAAAAUAGUGUUGAUUGUCCGAAGAAGAACAGGAAGGGAACAUUGAUGUUUCCAUGGUGGUGCAUAUUUAUCGCGUAUGGUUUAUGUAUCUUGUUGAUUGGCGUGUCAAUUCUGUUUAUUAUUGCUCGCGGUAUUGAGUUUGGUGAUGAAAAAACACAGAAAUGGCUAACAUCCGUUCUCAGCGGUUUCUUCUCGUCGCUUCUACUCACUCAGCCAUUAAAAAUUGUAUCAUUAGCCAUUGUCUUUGCUUGCUUUUGUCGAAAGUCAAGCGAGGAUCAAGAAGUGAACGAAUUGCUAGAUGAUGAUCAUCACGUCGAACUGAAGGCCGACGAAGAAUAUCUGCAUUCAACAAAGAAGAAAUCUCUAUUCACUCUCCGAUCUCCAACUCGUGCUCAUCGUUUAAAUGAAGAAGAGAUCGUUUACCUUCGUCAUCAACGUCUGAAACACAUGCAAAUGUGGGCCAUCAUUCGGGAAAUCGUGUUAUAUUUAUGUUUUAUAUCAUUUCUCUAUGUGGUCAUUUAUUCUAAUCGUGAUGUAAAUGCAUUCCAACAAGUAGAUCAUUUACGAACGUAUUUUCUCAACACAAGACGAUCGAAUUUCGAUUACACUAAAAUUUCAACGAUUGAUCAAUAUUGGAACUGGUUAGAGAACAGUUUUGUUGAUCAACUUCGUGCACAAGAAUGGUACAAUGGUGAUCCACCCCGAAACCUCACUGGUUAUAUUGAUGAUAAAUCGAAUCGACUGAUCGGAUGGGCAACGAUGAGACAGUUGCGAGUGAAAGCAGCGUCAUGUCAAACACAACAACCUAUUUAUUCUACCUGUGAAUAUGAUUACAGUUUCUCACAAGAAGACAAACGUUCUUACGCACCUGGAUGGACAAAUCAAACAACACAAGUGUACAAUGCCUUCAUUCAAAGAGCAUUUACCUAUCAAUCCGGUGAUGAGUUGGAUACAUAUGUGUAUGUUGGAGAUUAUGCAACUUAUGCAAGUGGUGGUUAUGUGUAUGAAUAUCGUGGUCGAUCGAGUGAUCUACGGAGUAAUCUUUCUCAACUUCAUCAACUUGGAUGGAUCGAUAAUCGGACUCGAGCGGUGAUCAUUCAAUUGACUUUGUACAAUCCGAAUGUUCAAUUAUUCACAGCUGUCACUGUUCUCGCUGAGUUUUUUUCAUCAAGUGGAGUAUUAACAAGUUCUCGUUUCGAACCGAUUAGUUUAUAUGCAUUCACAUCAGCUUAUCAAUUAGUAUGUACUAUUGUUUACAUGCUAUUGAUUUGCUACUUCAUGUGGAUAGAAAUUCGUUUGCUAUUCGAAUUGAGAUUAAAAUAUUUCCAUCGAUUUUGGUCUUAUGUUCAAGUUGGCAUCAUCGCUUGUUCAUGGACAAGUGUUGGCAUUUACAUUUGGCGAUACAAAGAAAGUCAACGCAUUGGUGAAUUAUUCUCGAAAACCAAUGGUUAUGUUUAUAUUAAUCUACAAUUUGCAUCGUAUAUCAACGACGUUCUAUCAAAUCUACUGAGCCUUUGUUGCUUUUUUGGAACAGUUCAGUUGAUAAAACUAUGUCGAUAUAAUCAGCGUCUAUGUUUAUUCAUUCAUACUCUUCAAUAUUCGGCCAAAGAACUAUUAUCAUUUUCGUUUAUGUUUGCCGUUGUCUUCAUGUCAUUCGUUUGCUUAUUUUAUCUGUUAUUCAUAUCGAAAUUACCGCAAUGCUCGAGUUUAUUGGGAACAGCACAAAUGUUGUUUGAAAUGACCUUGAUGAAAUUCGAUGCGUAUCAGUUGAGUGGAGCAGCCGCAUUUCUCGGUCCGUUUUGCUUUAGUUUAUUUGUUAUAUUCGUCGUAUUCAUCUGUCUGAGUAUGUUUUUGUCAAUUAUUGGCGAUAAUUUUCGUCGUGUGCGAGUGGAUCUGAACGGGAAAACGAACGGAAUGUUUGACUUUAUGUUCGAAACAUUUCAACGAUGGGCAGGUUUGAGAACGGUAACCGAAGAAGAUAUUUAUAGUGAAAGAGACGCACGAAUGCGUGAAGAAUAUUAUGACCCGAUUGAACGAUUUCCUGACAAAAUGGAUCAAUUAUUGGAAGCAUUCAAUCGAAUUUACAUGAAUCAAACAGUCGAAGGAUCAGUCAUAAAACAUACAAAAACUUAA